CUUUCAUAGAGUUAAAAGUUCAAAAUAGAAACAUUUUAUAGUUUAAAAAAAUAAUUGUAAGAAUAAUAUUGUAAAAAGUAAAAUAGUGCAACAAUUUUAAAUUAAAAAAAAAAACUAAAGUUUUUGCAAAUCUUUAAACUUUAUAAGUUUAAAAAAUUUGCUGAAUUCCCAGUAAAUUUGUGUUUGCGUUAAAAGGAGGAAUAUAUCGAACUAGGCGGUUCUUUAAAUAACAGCUGCAGAAAAUAUCUUUAACAAAAACUGACAGAAUAUUUGCUUUAUCAUGACUGGUUUAAGUUGUUUAACUUUUGUUCUAGUCGCAUUUUGUUGUUACACCACAAGCAUGUCUAAACCCACCCGAAACGAGGCUGCUAAAAAGGUGGAAUUGCCCCACGAACAACAGCAGCAACAACCACAUCAUCAGCUACAGAGUGAAGCCAGCUACGAAACAAGACAAAAACGUUCACAGCUUGAUUUGGGUAACAUAGGUGGUGGUGGUAUUAACGGUUUUGGCAAUGCUGAGUAUAAAGAUUUUAAUGAGUUCAUAGAAGAACUGGGCGACAAUGCUAUUAUGCCAGUGUCACAGGAAAUGGAUUUGGAAAAUAUGCCCCCACUAUUGUACUUUAUGCUGUUGCAGAAACUAAAGCAGUUGCAAACUAAUGAACGUCAAUUACCCACAAGACGUACACCACGCCUGGGGCGCAGCAUUGAUUUUCAACUGUUUGAUGCCGGUGCUGCCAGUACUACAGGACAUGACUUUGAUGGCGCUUUAAAUAUGGCCAACGAUUAUGCAGUCUCACGACAAUAUCUACCUCGUGUCAUGAAAAAGUCUGUACAAUUUAAGCCACGUUUAGGUAAAAGAACACAAGUAUGCGAUUAAAAUAACCCAAGGCAGCAGCAGCAAACACCUCUUCUACUAUAUCGCAUUAACCAUGGCCAACAACUACAACAAUACUAUUACAAUUACUACUACUACCACUACUAAAACAAGUACUAAUACUUACUAGAUACACACCUAUAUACUAUUGAUAUUUAUUUCGCUGGAUGGACUCGUGCAUAGAAAUUUUACACUCGUAUUGGAAAAUGGACAUGGAAAUGUAAGGAUAAACUGAACAACCAUGGAUGACAUCUACAUUUAUUUGCAUUUAAACAGGAAAAAAAAAGCAAAGUAAAUAAAUGUAUAACUUUAUUCUACUAGUUAAAUUAAUUUUUCUAUAAAAACUUUUAUGUUUAUUCAAUAUUU